AAUUCUAACUCGUACCAUUCACACAAUAAAAUAUAGCAGAUAAGAACAAUUGCCACGGCACCCGAAUUAUCAAAAUGACCCCCGAAACUUGCUGCUGUGGGUGCUGCACUGUGGCCAAGGGAACCCUGAUCAUUGGAAUUUGUAACGUUAUUGGAGGAAUUUUCGUCGUUAUCGGCUCUGUAGUUCCAGUUGCUUUAAGGAUUUACAUAUCCCUGUGCCAACCUGACCUAACAAAUUAUCCAUAUGGUCUGAGAGAAUAUAACACCGCCGACACUAUCAUAGUUUUGGCCCAAUUGUUUUUCGCUUUGUUACAUCUUAUCGUUUCUUCGCUUAUGGUACAUGGCUGGCGCACACGUAAUCACCGUUUAAUUAUGCCCUGGAUCAUCUGGAGUUAUGUUGCCCUGGUUCUUCUAUCUGCAAGAGUGAUAUUCCUCUUCUUGGACUUAUUAGGUGAUGGCUAUCUUGCGGCUGGGAUUUUUAGUCUGGCAAUUUCACCGCUUUAUUUCUUGCUUCAAGGAUAUUUUGUCUUUGUUGUGAAACGAUUCGUGGAUCAGUUGAAAAUGAAAAUUUCUUACUAAUUCAGACGAUUUGUUUCCUGUAAAAAUUAUAUUAAAGGUUUAACGGUUUUAACAGGUGUCAGUACCCCUAGAUAAGGGUACAUCUUCCUCAGUAUUAUAUAUUAAGGAAAAGUUUACAAAUUAUUAAGAGGAAUAGAUAAAUGAAUACAGGGUGGUUUAAAUAAAAUGGCUCGCUACAAUAGAAAAUUUGAGCCUGUUUCAAAAAUUGAACACAAUUUUUGCUCAGAAUUAGAUACUUCCAUGAAAUUAUACAAAUUCAUUUUUAAAAAAACCUUUAUGCAA